AUGUCUCCGAGCUCCAAGUCCGAGGAUGGGAACUCAGCUCUUGUGCACGCCAACUUUGAGGAAGAAGGGCAAAUUAACACGACGACGAAUGUUGCAUUAGACUGGAAAGCAGGGCGCGCCGAGCAUGCCACCAUAUUAGUCUUGGCUACCAUCAGCGUACUCACAGCCUUUAACUCCACUGCGUUUCCUUCGACAAUCUCAGUGAUUGCCCAAGAUCUCCAUGCAGGUGCCACGGCCAGCUUCUGGGGACAGACAGCGUACCUUCUGCCUUCGGCCUCUCUACAGCCAGUCAUGUGCUCAUUAUCAGAGGUAUACGGGCGUAAAAGCGUCCUGCUAAUUUCCCUACUGUUCUUCGCAGCCGGUGCGGUUGGUCCUGCAGUGGCAGAAAGUGUAGGACCCUUCAUUGCCGGUCGUGCAGUCCAAGGGAUUGGAGGUGCAGGCCUCUUAUCCCUUCCGAAAGUCAUAACCACAGAUAUAUUCCCGCUCAGACAGCGACCAAAAUACACGAGUCUACUCCAGAUUGCAUCAGCGCUCGGCAUGAUGCUGGGUCCAGUAAGCGGGGGUGCGCUAGCUCAGAAUAUCCACGAAGGCUGGCGAUGGAUCUUCUACAUCACGUUCCCCGUCUGCGCCGGCGCUUUCCUUACUAUAUGUUUAUUUUUGCGCGCUGCUGGCCUUGCAUUCACAUUGCUUUGGGCCCAUUGGGACCAGAGUUCUACGGUUCUUCGAAAUCACUCCUCCUUAGCCUCAUAUCUCGCAUCUAUCAUACAAGGCAUAAUGUCCUGCAUGCAGCUAUCCGGCACGCUAUAUGCAUGUUCGCUAUAUCUUGAGGGCAUCAAAAGAUAUUCACCGCUUGUCACGGGUGCUAUACUGCUCGCUAUGCUUGGAACUAUGAUUCCUUCCGCUCUUGCGGCCUCUUUGCUGAUGACACGCUUAGGAAGUCUGCGAAGCUCAGCCGCAGGUUCUAUUGGAAAGCUUAUUGCAGUGGGCGCUGGUCAUGGAGUUUUGUUAAACUCGCUCCUCUUCGCCGCUCAGGCUGUGGUACCAGGCAAAGAUGCUGCAUAUGCGACUGCAAUAUUCACAACCACGCGGGCUCUUGGUUUCACCCUUGGUGUUGUCAUUGAAGGGACAUUGCUGCAGAACUUCAUUACAAACAGCCUUGCAGACUCUGACGUUGCGGCCCGCAUCGCAGAAAAUGUUACAAGUUAUGUAGCAGCGCUGCAAAUGAAUUCACCGCUUCCCGUACAGCGGCGGAUUGUUGAGGAAGCGCUGAUUUAUGCAUUUCGUUGGGUCUUCGUUGUCCUGACAAUUAUUGGAGGGGCGGGACUGGUGUGCACUGUAGCGAUUGCUACGCGCAACAUGGAUAGACCUCUUGAAUCAAACCAUCGGUUAGAGGCCUCUAGGGCACAGCCUCAAUCUUGA